ACCAAGGAAUGUUCCUCCAUGCCAUCAAUCAUCUUUAUUUCCUCACUAUAUAAGCAUCCUCAACGCCCCUCUAUCUUCCUCAUCCCCCACUCCUCUACUCCUCUCUCUUCCUCUCUCUAAAGUGCACACAGAGACACAGCAAUGGCGGCAGUGAACACAACACCUUCAAUGCUUGACUCGACCUUCGACGUUGACAAGCUAACUUUCGAAAUCUUCUCCAUCCUCGAAAACAAAUUCCUUUUCGGCGGUGGAUAUGAGAACAAUCCCAAGCUCUCUCUCCCUCAAAAUACCCAUCAAAUUUCCACUAACCAUGUCACUGAUAGUAAAGUUAGAAUUCUCUCCAUCGACGGUGGCGGCACUAAAAGUGGCAUUCUCGCAGCCAAGUCCCUCGCCCACCUCGAAUCUUGCCUCCGCCGCAAAUCCGGCAAUUCCAACGCCUACAUCGCUGAUUACUUUGAUGUUGUUGCUGGCUCCGGUGCUGGAGGCAUCUUAGCUGCACUCCUUUUCACCCGUGGAAAAGACCAUGGCCGUCCCUUGUUCACAGCCGAUGAAGCUCUUCGUUUUAUGAUUGAGAAUCGUCGGAAUUUUAACCACUCACCUUCAUCGAGAGGGAUUCUCCGGCGGAUUUUCCGGCAGGGGAAGGUGGAGAAGCUCUUACGCUCUACUUUCGGGGAAUGCACCUUGAAAGACACGCUUAAGUCGGUUUUGAUUCCCUGCUACGAUCUCUCAACCCGCGCACCGUUCGUCUUCUCCCGCGCUGAUGCUUUGGAAAUGGACGGUUAUGAUUUCAAGAUGAGCGAUGUGUGCCGCGCUACGUCAGCUGAUCCGACGGUCAAUGGAGCCGUCGAAAUGAGGUCCGUGGACAAGAAGACGAAGAUCGUGGCAAUCGACGGCAGGAUCGCGAUGAACAAUCCAACGGCCGCUGCUAUUACGCACGUAUUGAAUAAUAAGCAGGAAUUUCCUUUGUGCAAAGGGGUAGAGGAUCUGCUGGUGGUUUCUCUCGGCGGUGGAGAGUCUGAUUUUGGAAAUGAAAAUCUGAACUCUUCGCUGUCGAGAUUCGUGAGGAUCGCCGGAGAAGGAGCUUCCGAUGUGGUUGAUCAAGCUGUAUCGAUGGCGUUUGGUCAGUGUCGGACAAGCAAUUAUGUUCGCAUUCAGGCAAACGGCAUUAUAGCAAAGAAGCAAGGUGAUGUUAUAGAAAAGACAGUAAAAUUAAAGAAGAAAGCAGACAUUUUGAGCAUGGCAGAAGAGAUGCUUGAACAGAAAAAUGUAGAGUCUGUAUUGUUUGAAGGAAGAAAGAUAGCAGAGAGCACAAAUAUAGAGAAGCUAGAGUCAUUUGCUGGAGAGCUAAUAAAGGAGCAUGAGAAGAGAAAAACAAGCAUUCUUCCAACUGUGGUAUUAAAACAGCAGCCAUACACAUCUCCAAGAACAUCGUCUGCUACCACUCUCUCUACUUUGUCUUCCUGUUAAUUAAUUAAUUAGGAGGUCAUCUUUUAAAGAAUCGACGUCGUUUUUAAGUAAACAUUUUAUUGGUAGAGAAAAAUUUUCAUGCUUUUGUUUGCUGUUACUCGUGAUGAUGAUUGAAAUGAAGGCAUCCGAGACAGAGUUGAGCUGAGCCGCUGCUGCUGAGUGCCUCUGAUUUUUAUUUUUUAUUCGCAAUGAUAUAUAUAUAUAUAGUUGUAUGUAUAUUGUAUAUUUGUAAUGUAAUGGUGUUUGUGUAUAAUUAAUGAAUUAUGAAAAUCUCUCUUUAAAAUCGCA